AGCUCCCUCUCAUCAGUUUCUGCACCACGUCGCGGCGGGGAGCUGUCUCUCGUUUCAAUCAGACAUCUUCGAUUCUGCGCAUAGCUUCUCUAGCUUUACCUCAUUCUUAAACCCUCUCGUCGCCCGUUCCAAUUGCACCCGGGCGAGCAAUUGCCCUCGUUGCGCCCACCAUGAGAUUCGGCCACCAGCUCAAGCAGUCGCUUAACAGAGACUGGAUCUACAACUACAUCGACUACGAAGACCUCAAAACCGCCCUCCGCGCGCCCCAAGAAUGGGACAACAAGCUAGAGCAGGACUUUGUUGAGAAGCUCGAGAAGGAGCUCGAUAAAGUGUAUACUUUCCAGAAGGUUAAGAGCGAAGAGAUUAUCCGCCGCAUCGCCGCGUCGGAGAAGGAGGUUAAUGAGGUUGUAGCCAGGCUGGAUGGCGAGCCGGGCCAGGAUGGAGAGGACGGCCCGACCGAGGAGGAUUUCGAGCUCCUGGAGGAGGACCUGAGCGACGUCAUUGCCGAUGUGCACGACCUGGCCAAGUUCACACAGCUCAACUACACGGGCUUCCAGAAGAUCAUCAAGAAGCACGAUAAAGUGACGCGCUGGAUGUUGAAGCCAGUCUUCGCAACGCGCCUGUCGCAGAAACCUUUCUUCCAGGACCACUACGACGAGUACGUGUUCAAACUCUCGAAGCUCUACGACACCGUUCGCACGCGAGGCAACCCCGUUAAGGGCGAUUCGGCGGCUGGCGGCAAGCAGCAGAACUUUGUCCGCCAGACAACGAAAUACUGGGUGCAUCCCGACAACGUGCUGGAGCUGAAGCUCAUCAUCCUCAAGCAUCUGCCCGUGCUGGUCUACAACGCGAGCAAGGACUGGAGCGAAGAUGAUACCGCCAUCACAUCCAUCUACUUUGAUAACACGGAUACAUGGGAGCUAUAUGAGGGGCGGCUGAAGAAGACAGAGGGCGCCGAGGCUAUCCGUAUCCGCUGGUAUGGAGACAUGGCGACCGAGCAAUGCUUCAUCGAGCGCAAAACUCACCGGGAAGACUGGACUGGCGAGGAAUCGGUGAAGGCCCGUUUCAAGCUGAAAGAGAAGAACGUCAACGCUUACCUGCGGGGAGAACUCAUGCCUGAGCAGAUAUUCGAGAAGGACCGACGAGAGCAUAAGAGGCCAGAGAAGGAUAUUGCGUCUGAUGAACAGCUCGCGCGCGAGAUCCAGUACCGCGUCCUGACUCGAAACCUCGUCCCUGUUACGCGUUCGUUCUACCACCGUACUGCCUUCCAGCUACCUGGCGAUGCCCGUGUUCGAAUAUCACUCGAUACCGAACUUGCCAUGGUCCGUGAAGACAAUCUCGAUGGUCGCCAGCGCUCGGGUAACAACUGGCGCCGGAUGGAUAUUGGGGUCGACUGGCCUUUCUCGCAAAUCCCUAAAGAGGACGUUGAGCUCUUCCCCUAUGCAGUGUUGGAAGUUAAGCUCCAAACACAAGCCGGCCAGGAGCCACCGCAAUGGAUCCGCGACCUAACCGCUUCACAUCUCGUAGAAGCAGUCCCCAAAUUCUCAAAAUACAUCCACGGCACCUCGACGCUCAACCCGACAAGGAUAAACCUGUUGCCGUACUGGGCUCCGCAAAUGGACGUCGACAUCCGCAAACCUGUCAGCCACAAGUUUGGCAUCGAGAGACCUGGCGCGAGCAACGAUAUUAGUACUAGUGGUAACUUGGACGAGAGCGACGAUGACGACUACGCAGCUACGGAGCUCCCACCUGCAAGCGAGCAUCCCGACGAUGAAGGGCUUAGAAGGCUGCGUGAGGCGCGUGAUGCCAUGGAACAGCAUGAUCUUGACCGGCGGCGUGACUACGGGACUAUUCAGAAUGGUGACGGCCCGAACGCGCUCGAUGUCGAGGAACGUAUCUCCGCACAACAGAUACACGAAAACGAUUACCCACUUUACGAUUCUGAGGAUGAGGAAGAGGAUCUAGAAGAGGCAAGGCGCGUAGGAGGCUGGCAUUACCGCUCCAAGCUCAUCAAGCAGAGGGCCAAGGACUUUGGGAAUGCGAUGAUGAGCCUUGCCGCAGCGCUCACUCCACGACCGCGAGCGACCGAAGUUGGCGAAGGCGGAUUCACGCUGGGUGUGCCGAGCUGGAAACAGCCCGGUGAAGUCAAGCACUUCAAGGCCCCCAAGGGAAAGCGAAUCCACGUCCCCGUGCGCGUAGAACCAAAAGUCCAGCUCGCCACCGAACGCACCUUCCUCUCCUGGCUCGAGUUCAGCAUCCUCCUCGGCUCCAUCGCCGCUACGCUGCUCAACUUCGGCGAUAAUCUCGCGCUGACGGCUGCGUGGGCAUUCACCGUCAUUGCCUGCUGUGCGCUAGCUUACUCCGCUGGCUUGUAUAUGUGGCGCGUGGAUAUGAUUAAGAAGAGGAGGGCGGUUACGUAUCAUGAUAAGUGGGGGCCGAGCUUGCUGUGUCUAGGAUUGCUGGCGGCGGUGGCGGUGAGCUUUGGGGUUAGGCUGGGGAAAGGGGGGUGGAACGGAAAUUGGAAGGGUGGUUUGAAGGGAUGAGUGGGAUGGAGAGAAGGCGGGUUUUGCGAGGGGUUGGGUACGCGGCGUAUUGCAUCACACUUGCAUUGUAUUGGUAAAUGGUAUGAUUAGGGGCUGGGCCUGGCGUUGCGGUGCUAGCGCAGAUGGGUAUUGUCUAAUACAUGCAUCAAAAUCCACUAAUGAUAUGG